UCGAACAAAGGGCACUGGUAAUGAUAAGCUAUCCACCACCACCUUUACCUAUCCACCCAUCCUUUGAUAUUACCAACAUUUAUCAGCCGGUGCCGGCCGUUCGUGGAAUCAUAAAUACAGAGAGCAGGCUGGACAAAGUCCGAACCGCUAGUUAUAAAAUCCAUAAGCCACUGUAUUUCAAAUCCUAAGCAGUUUGUUAAACUGAGACCCAGAGGGAGCAGAAUUUGAAGAGAAUUCAUCAGAGAAAGAUGGUGUUGUUUAGUAGAAAAGGAGCAUCUGGGUUCUCAGCUUGUAAUACAGCUGAAGAAGUGACUCAGGGUAUUGAUGGCUCUGGUCUUACUGCUAUUAUUACUGGAUCAUCAAAUGGUAUUGGUGCUGAGACCGCACGUGUUCUUGCAAUGCGAGGAGUUCAAAUUGUCAUGGCAGUGAGGAAUACGGCCGCGGGUACGGCUGUAAAAGAAACGAUAUUGAAGGAAACACCAUCUGCUACAAUUGAAGUGUUGGAGUUAGAUCUUAGUUCCAUGGCAUCAGUGAGAAAAUUUGCCGGAGAGUUUGAGUCAUUGGGUCUUCCGCUGAACAUCCUUAUUAAUAAUGCAGGAGUUAUGGCACUGCCUUACAAGCUCUCUCCAGACAAAAUAGAGCUUCAGUUCGCAACAAAUCAUCUAGGUCAUUUUCUUUUGACAGAUCUUUUGUUGGGGACCAUGAAAAGGACUGCAUCUCAAAGUAACAUUGAAGGAAGAAUUGUGAACGUUUCUUCUGAAGCUCACAAGUUUCCCUACAAAGAAGGGAUUCGCUUUGAUAAACUCAAUGAUGAAGAAGGUUACAGUAGCUUCGGGGCUUAUGGACAAUCAAAGCUUGCAAAUAUUUUGCAUGCUAAUGAGCUCACUAGACGCCUUAAGGAAGAAGGGGUGGAUAUAACAGCAAAUUCACUUCAUCCAGGAGCAAUCGUGACAAAUCUUUGGCAUAAUAGCACCUAUUUUGGCGGUUGGGUUUCUAAAUAUGUUGUUGCUCCGGCUGGGAAGUUUCUGGGGAAAAAUGUUCCGCAGGGGGCAUCGACGACAUGCUACGUUGCAUUACAUCCGAGCAACAAAAGUGUAAGCGGAGAGUACUUCAUGGACAACAACAUUUCAAAAGCAACCCCGCAAGCUAAAGAUCCAGAACUAGCAAAGAAACUUAGGGAUUUCUCCAUGAAUUUGAUCAGUUGAGGAGCUCCUGCUCUUUGUCGUAAUGAUGGUUUAAACUGCACUAUAUUUCAUUAUAGUACUCCCAGCCGGAGCAACAACAUAUUAUGAAAAAUGUUCCGCAGGAAGUAGUAAGGAACAGAAAUUUCUUUGGGACAUAAACGCUCUUGUAAUUUCUUACCUUUUUUUCACUGUAUAUGAAAAGUUUGAGAUUGGGAAUUGCUGUGUCAUUACUGAAAACUUCAGUUUUUACUGCCAUAUCCUAAGAACCUGCUAAAGCAGCAGAAACAUUAAUAUAACACUGGCAUUGCA